AUGGCUGGCCGUGCGCUGUUGGUGUGCGCCCUCUGCGUGCUGUGCUGCGCCGCCGGCGGGGGCUGGGCGGCGGAGGGGGACUACUGCACGGAGCGCGACUGGAGGGACUUGCGGGCCGUCGCGAAGGGCAUGAGUGAGGCGGAAAUUGCGGCGAAGUACUGCGGCCGCAAGCCGGAGUUUGUGCGUGGGCUGCGGGCGAGUCUGCAGGGCGAUGGGGCGGAGGAGGCGGAGGGGGCGGUGUCUGGCCACGGUGGGGGGAGCGGCGAUGUCGAAGGAAAAGCUCCGAUACCCCCGGGGGAAGACGCCGAAGAUGCAUCAGAGAAAAAGCCUGCAGAUUCGGGGGAAACGGAAGACCUGAAGGGACCAGACGCACCACAAGAGGUAACUCCAACGGCAGACACGGCAACAGAGCUCUCACAGCCAUAA